AUGGCCUGGCAGUCAAGGUCUCAAGAUCGAUGGAACCAGACACUGCAGCUCCACUUAGGUCGGCUGGGAAAACAUACCAACGAUGUCAACGUGCAGCUCAACUAUGCCACGUUCGAUAUCUACCUCAAUGACUUACAUAGAAGAUGUAGUAGCAGCGGCGUCGGCAAGCUCCUAUCCCCAAACGUCGUUGACCAGGUUCAGCAAUUUACAGCCGCCAUCUCCUCUAUGGCGCAGGCAAAUCAGUUUUCUUGUCUCUUUUGGGGAGUUCUCCAAGCGGCCUUGAAGGUAAGUCUUCAACUCACCUUAGAGAUGCAUGAUAUUGACUAUGCCCUUGGAGAUGGCGUGUUUAGCAGCAUCAUGACCAGCAUUGCCGAUAUGUUGUCUGAUCUUACAAACAAGCUCCCCAUGUUCGAACAGUACAUCGACUUACUUCCCGCCGCGUGGGAGCUUGAAGAACCACUUCGGGGGCUGUACGAUGACUACGUCAGCUUUUGCAUUGACGUGGUCUUGUUCUUCAAAAGCGCACGCUGGACACUGUUUCGGAAACUUGCCUACGGAGGUAUGCGACAUCGAUUCGAGCACACGAAAGCAAGCGUCGCGCAACACACCGCUCGGUUCCAAACCAGCGUUGACUUUGCGAAAACAAGGCUUAGUGUGACGACAAACCAACACAUCCUUCGUCUCACAGAUUCAAAUACGCGAUACGCGCCCGAGGUCAAAGGUGUCCCGUUCCAACAGAACCCGCGGUUCUUGGGUAGAGACGAAGUGCUACAGGAUUUGCAUAAGAAGAUUAAGAUGAAUGAGAAUACAGAUAUGAGCCGGCAACGAAGUUGCGUCAUCCAUGGUAUGGGUGGCGUGGGAAAAACCCAGACAGCCUUGGAGUAUACCUAUCGGUACCGGCACGAGUACUCUUACAUCUUCUGGGUGAGAGCGGAGACAGGGCUUGACCUGGCAACAUCUUUUGGCAACAUUGCGCAGGAGCUGAUGCCUUCAUCAGCAGGAGCUGAUCAAGGUCGAAAUAUGGAGCUCGUCCGUAAUUGGCUUGUGAAGAACCGAUCUUGGCUCCUUGUCUUUGACAACGUUGAUGAGGUUAACCUUAAUUCAUGUUGGCCUCCGAGCACCCACGGAUCCAUAAUUGUCACAACGCAACGGAAGGCUAUGGCUCACCAGGCAUCCUCCGAAAUCCAUCUUGGUGUGUUCAUGGAAGAGGAAGGGUCAUCUUUGAUCCUCGAUCUGAUAGACCCGUCUCGUCAUAACACUACUUCUAAUGAUGUUGAUGUGGCUAAGACUAUCUCAAAUGAGCUUGGAGGUCUUCCUCUGCUGCUAUCACAUGUGGCUGGAUUUGUGGAAGGGUCAAGAUGUCCGCUUCAAGACCUUCUCGACAGUCUCCAACCGCCGACUAGUUUCAGAAAGUAUGGCGAGCCUAUGGAGAAGGUGUGGAAGCUUGCUCUACGCGCUCUGACACCUGAGGCCCUUGCAACCUUGCGAAUCAUGGCAUUCCUUAGCCCGGAUGGCAUUGCUGAGUAUCUUCUCGUGAGAGAAUGGGAUGAUCCUGACUUGGCGUUUCUAAGCCAAACCAGAAGAUUCGAUUUCAACCAGGUCCGACAAAGUUUGAUCGAUCGCCACCUUGUUACCGCCGCUACCGUUUCCGGGAAACCAAUGCUCUCCUUGCAUCGGGCGCUCAAGCAACAUGUUCUGCACGGAAUCGAUGAAUUGGGCGAAGGAAAUCUUCAAGCAAUUUUUCUUCGUGCUCUGGCCAUGCAGUGGGCCCAAUUAAUCGCGGAUACCGUAAUCUACAUGUGGGAACGAGGGCCGACUAAAGACUGUCUCACGCUCGUCGACAUAGGAGAAGAUGUAUGUACAGCCAUUUCACAUAUUGAUGAGGUUGCUACAAUCCAUGCGAACAUCUGCUGUGUUGCAGCAGGCGUCCAACAAGAUCUCAGAUCUCGCGGUAGAGCACUGUCUUUAGCCAAAUGCCAACAGGCACUGGAACUUCGUCAGAAACGCGUCCGCGGGCUGGAGCAAGAAAACAACCUUGGGAAGACGGACGUGUUGCGCCUUGCGAAUGCGUGGAAUGACGUAGGGGUUUCCAUGAUCCAUGGCGAGGAAUUCUCGGGCGCCAUACGAUACUUUGAGGAGUCUCUGAGAUUGAAACGAGAGUGGGUCGACGAGGACUCCCUACCAUGGCAUUUUGGAGAGACAUACAAGAACCUGGCUUUUGUUGCCCUGUCCCAGGACCGUAUUGAAAAGGCAAAAGACUAUGUCCGACGAGCCAGAGAGCUCUGCUCGCGGGGCAUGGCUGAGAAGAGUGCGGCUACCCAAAAGGCAAGGUUCAUCGAGGCUAACGUCUUGCUCAAUGCCGGCGAGCAAGACAAGGCAUACCAAAUCCACAAGCAAGUACUCUAA